AUGUUAAGAAAAGUAGUCACUUCUUUUCUCAUUAAACCGCAACACAACGGACUUAAUCCUGAAAAUAAAGUUCUUUUAUUAAGGAGAAGCGAUAAAGUGCGAACUUAUCCACACCAUUGGGCAGGAAUUAGUGGUAGUAUAGAAGCAGGAGAUAAAUCUCCGCUCGAACGUGCUCUAAAUGAAAUCAAGGAAGAGACAAAGUUCACCUCGUCUGACGUAAAAUUAAUACGUACCGGAAAACCAUUUACAAUACGCGCCGAAAAUAUAUCGACAGUUUGGAAAGUUUAUCCGUUUCUCUUUCAUUUACUAGCAAGCCCCGAUAAAAUUCAACUUGAUUGGGAACAUGAGACUUCUCAAUGGAUGAAACCCAAUGAAAUAUAUUCUUUGGAGAAUACUGUUCCGAGGCUUGAGGAGACAUUUUAUCGCGUUUAUUUGCCUGAAAAUGUUCAUCGCGGAUUAAAAGAUAUGUGUGAUAAUAGAUCGUCGGGCGCGCAACAGUUGGCUGAUCAAGCUUUAGGAAUAUUUGCAGAGUCUGUAGAAUCGAGGGUUUGUUAUGAGUAUUGUAACGAUGCCAGAGAAUUGUAUUUGACAUGGUUAAAUAUCGGAUGGCAUAUAAUCCAAAUUAGACCGACAAUGAGAGCUUCUAUAUCUUGUGCCAUUACAUCUGUGUUAAAACAAUUAAAAAAUUCAAUAGAGCACAAAAAUAAGAAUGCAUUGCCAUCUGUUGAAGAUUUCGAGAAGCUAGCUCUCGACAAAAUCCACGAACAAAGAGAACUGUCGUUGAAAAGCAAUGAAAGAAUCAUAGAUGCAUUUAGGAAGGCAAUAAAAAUUCAGGAUCAAAAAUUUCCUGAAAAUAUUCAUAUCAUGACAUUAAGCUAUUCCUCUACUAUCUAUAAUGCAUUAGCUAACAUUAUUAACUCAAUUAAAUCAUCGUCACAAAAUCCAAAAAUUGAGAUCACUAUACUAGAAUCCCGUCCAUUGAAUGAAGGAGCUGUGGUACUUGCCCAAAAGCUUUCGUCUCUUUUAAUAGAUAAAAUUAGUGGAGACGAAUUAGAAUCUGUACGCCUUCAGAUAGUCUCUGACGCAUCUUGUGAUUACUUUAUGUCAACCGUAACCCACGUGUUACUUGGCGCCGAUAGAAUUAUAGGAAAUGAUGGUGCCGUUAUUAAUAAAAUGGGAUCUGUUCCCUUAGCAUUAGCCUCCAAGCACCAUGAGAAACCUGUCUUUGUUAUUUCGCGCACUGAUAAAAUAUCAGCUUGUGAAGAAGCUGAACAAAUGGAAGAAAAUGAUCCUAAGGAGGUCACUGCUGCAUACGGUAACGAAUCGGAGAAAAACUUGCAGAGUUAUAAACCGGUUAAAGUUAGAAAUGUGUAUUUUGAAAAAGUGGAAUCAAGUCUAAUUGACCAUUAUGUUACCGAAAAUGGUCUCUUGAAAACAAGAGAUAUUCAGGAAUUAUGGGAAGGACGAAAAACUGACGAAGAAAUUUUCAAUGAAUUACAAUGA